GCUUUGUGUGCGCCCGCGGGCCCCGGGCGAGCCUCGGGCGGCCCAACUUUGCAGCUUCCGAGCGGGAGUUGUGAGGCGUGGCCGGUGGAGGAGGCGCUUGGGGGGGCGUGGGGCUCCCCAGCUGGCGGGAGGACGGAGCGAGCCGCGCUGGACAAUGAGCUGGGCAGCUCCAAGCCGCGGCCACUUUUAGCUGGGGGCGUGGGUCGGCCCGCGGCUCGGCGGCCCCACCUGCGAGGAGAGGGCGGGAUGCCCGAGCCAGGUGCGCCGGUGCUUUAAGGCCCCGCGCAGCCGGACGUCCCUCCACGGCCGCUCGCAUCGCCUCUAGGCUGCCUGGGACGUGUUUUUGAGGAAAGCUUUCUGAGCAGCCGCGAUGGCCAGCACCAGGAGUAUUGAGCUGGAGCACUUUGAGGAGCGGGACAAAAGGCCGAGGCCGGGGUCUCGGAGGGGGGCGCCCAGCUCCUCCGGGGGCAGCAGCAGCUCGGGCCCCAAGGGAAACGGGCUCAUCCCCAGCCCAGCUCACAGUGCCCACUGCAGCUUUUACCGCACGCGGACCCUGCAGGCCCUCAGCUCGGAGAAGAAGGCCAAGAAGGCGCGUUUCUACCGGAAUGGGGACCGCUACUUCAAAGGCCUGGUCUUUGCCAUCUCCAGCGACCGUUUCCGGUCUUUCGAUGCGCUCCUCAUGGAGCUCACCCGCUCCCUGUCCGACAACGUGAACCUGCCCCAGGGCGUCCGCACCAUCUACACUAUCGACGGCAGCCGGAAGAUCACCAGCCUGGAAGAGCUGCUGGAAGGUGAGAGCUACGUGUGUGCAUCCAACGAACCAUUCCGUAAAGUCGAUUACACCAAAAAUAUUAAUCCGAACUGGUCUGUGAACAUCAAGGGUGGGAUGCCCCGAACCUUGGCCGCCACCACCUCUGUGAAGAGUGAAGUCAAAGAAAGUAAAGAUUUCAUCAAACCCAAGUUAGUGACUGUGAUUCGAAGCGGAGUGAAGCCUAGAAAAGCCGUGCGGAUCCUUCUGAAUAAAAAGACUGCUCAUUCCUUUGAACAGGUCUUGACUGAUAUCACCGAAGCCAUUAAGCUAGACUCGGGAGUGGUCAAGAGGCUCUGCACCUUGGAUGGAAAGCAGGUUACUUGUCUUCAGGACUUUUUUGGUGAUGAUGAUGUUUUUAUUGCAUGUGGACCUGAAAAAUUCCGUUACGCCCAGGAUGACUUUGUCUUGGAUCACAGCGAAUGUCGUGUCCUGAAAUCUUCUUAUUCUCGCGCCUCAGCCGUUAAAUAUUCAGGAUCCAAAAGCCCUGGGCCUUCUCGUCGCAGCAAAUCACCAGCUUCAGUCAGGAGGGGAGGCCACCACUCCAGUGCCUAUUCUGCAGCCAAGUCCCCAGUUAAUGGAACUCCCAGCAGCCAACUCUCUACUCCUAAAUCUACGAAAUCCUCCAGUUCUUCUCCAACUAGCCCAGGAAGUUUCAGAGGAUUAAAGCAGAUUUCUGCUCAUGGCAGAUCUUCUUCCAAUGUGAAUGGUGGACCUGAACUUGAGCGUUGCAUGAGUCCUGAAGGUGUGAAUGGAAACAGGUGCUCUGAAUCAUCAACUCUUCUUGAGAAAUACAAAAUUGGGAAGGUCAUUGGUGAUGGCAAUUUUGCAGUAGUCAAAGAAUGCAUGGACAGGUCCACUGGAAAGGAGUUUGCUCUGAAGAUCAUAGACAAAGCCAAGUGUUGUGGAAAGGAACACCUGAUUGAGAACGAAGUGUCGAUACUGCGCAGAGUGAAACACCCCAACAUCAUCAUGCUCGUCGAGGAGAUGGAGACGGCAACCGAGCUCUUCCUGGUGAUGGAACUGGUCAAGGGUGGAGACCUCUUUGAUGCAAUUACUUCUUCAACCAAGUACACGGAGAGAGAUGGCAGCGCCAUGGUGUACAACCUGGCCAACGCCCUCAGGUAUCUCCACAGCCUCAGCAUCGUGCACAGAGACAUCAAGCCAGAGAACCUCUUGGUGUGUGAAUAUCCCGAUGGAACCAAGUCUUUGAAACUGGGAGACUUUGGGCUGGCCACGGUGGUGGAAGGCCCUUUGUACACGGUCUGUGGCACGCCGACUUAUGUGGCCCCUGAAAUCAUCGCUGAGACUGGCUAUGGCCUGAAGGUGGACAUUUGGGCGGCUGGUGUGAUCACGUACAUACUUCUAUGUGGAUUCCCACCAUUCCGAAGUGAGAACAAUCUCCAGGAAGACCUCUUCGACCAGAUCUUGGCUGGGAAGCUGGAGUUUCCAGCGCCCUACUGGGAUAACAUCACAGAUUCAGCCAAGGAAUUAAUAAGUCAAAUGCUUCAGGUAAACGUUGAAGCUCGGUGUACUGCGGGACAAAUCUUGAGUCACCCCUGGGUGUCAGACGACACUUCCCAGGAGAACAACAUGCACGCUGAGGUCACAGGUAAACUAAAGCAGCACUUUAAUAACGCGCUUCCCAAACAGAGCAGCACUACCACCGGGGUUUCUGUCAUCAUGAACACGGCUCUAGAUAAGGAGGGGCAGAUCUUCUGCAGCAAGCACCGUCAGGACAGCAGCAGGCCUGUCGCCGAGCACCCGCCCGCCGCGCCCUCAGCCGAGGAGCCCCCUGCGGCAGCCCUGGCCCCUGCCCCUCCGGAAUCUCCCUCAUCCCCCUCUCCUGCCGCUGCCACAGGCGGGGAGCGGGUAGGAACUUGGCGUCGCCACCGAGACUGAGCCCCCUGCAGAGGGUCCUAAGCCAGGAAGGCUCCGCUCCUGCCCAGCCUUGCUGUGCCCUGCCCCGAGGGAGCCUCUCUCUUCUGACUGCUCCAAGUUUGUUGGCACCUUCCGUGGGCUGCCUGGGGACCAGGAGCCAGGCGUGCUGCAGCCAGUGCAGGGCUUGGCCUUGCCCUGCACUCUGGACUCUGUCAGAGUGGACUAUGUCAGCCCCGAAAAGGCAUCCGAGGGACUGGGUUGAAAUGUCCAUGUUUUGGUGCGGUGGGCACCUCGCCGCUUCACGGGCAGAAUGCAGCGGAUCUCAGGCACUUGGGGACUUGGAUGACCAAGCCCCUUGAGAUCUCUUCUUCAAGGACACUUGGCGUGCUGUGCUCCCUUUUUCAUAGAAAAGACACAGACCUGCAUUUGUCCCUUCCUGAUGGUCUUGUGAGAGGUGACAUGAUACUUAUCUGAGGGGGGCUGGUGGGGAUUGGCUUCCUGAUAGAAGCAAUGAACACCUACGAGGACAAUCUGGUCAUUGGCCACUAAUUCUAGACUUUGCGAAGGACGUUCAGGUACCCGAGGAAGCAACCGGACCGUUCGGCUUGAAGCGUUGGGUCACCUGAGACCAGGUGGGCUAUUUAUUCAUACACGGACCCCAGAAAGUCACAUCUUCCCUUGAGGGGACAUGGUUUUGCCCAACUUCUCCCUGGUGUGUUAGGAAAUGUGAAUGAGAUGGCCUUCGUCUUUGGGAGCAGGCCGGGCACCUGUGCGCAACGUCGUCCACUCUCCUCAGCAAGCCAGCCCCUAGCGGAGCACAGCAAACCUGGGGUCCAAAGUCACCCCACGUGUCCUCUCAUCAGCUUUUUUCAUCAGGAGCCGGCCAGGAACCACAGCAGAGGCACUCACCUGAGGCACAGCCAGGACUGGGUGGGAAGGUGCUCCUCCACAUCCUAUACGAACCUUCUGGAAGGCUGCUGGCAGUUUUUCCUCCUUUUCCACCACUCUGCUCUUUUUAAUGAUUGUACAUAACCCGUGUAUUUGUUUUACCUGUUCAUCUUCUAAGCUGGGGUGAGGGGUGUGUAGUUUAUUCUCAUUGUUAGAUUUUUUUGCCUUCUUACAAGUGUCCCUGCCCUGCAAUAAAUACUUCCCUCUUCAGAAAAAGCCA